CUAAAUCGAAUUUAGGAACAUCGUGCCGGUUAAUUAUUUGUAAACAAAUAUAUUCAAUUUAAUAGAUCACAGAGUGAAAUCGAACUGGAAUCAUGCCCAAGGAACAGUUUCGCGCUUCUGCGCUGAACAAGAAGAUUUCACAUGUGCAAUUCGGAAUCAGCGGGGCGGAUGAGAUCCAACAGGAGGCUUUGGUGCGCAUAAUCUCGAAGAAUCUGUACCAGGCCCAGAGGCAGCCGGUGCCCUAUGGAGUGCUCGACCGCCGGAUGGGAAUCAGCACGAAGGACGCCAUGUGCGAGACCUGUGGCCAGGGGCUGAACGAGUGCAUCGGUCACUUUGGCUACUUGGACCUGGCCCUGCCGGUCUUCCACAUCGGGCACUUUCGUUCCACCAUCAACAUUCUGCAGAUGAUCUGCAAGGCGUGUGCCCAGGUGAUGCUCAAGCCCGAGGACAGGCAGCUGUACGAGAAGAAGCUGCACAACCCGAACUUCUCCUAUUUGGGCAAGAAGGCCCUGCACGUCCAGAUGCUGGCCAAGGCCAAGAAGGUGACCAAGUGCCCGCACUGUGGCUCCCCGAACGGUGGUGUGAAGAAGGGCCCCGGGCUUCUCAAGAUCCUGCACGAUCCCUACAAGGGACGCAAGGUGGACUCCCUGUUCACCAGCAACAUGAACGAAAUGCUCCGCUCCACGGAGGCGAAUCGGGACCUCAAUCUAACGCUGGGCAGCUACAGCACGGCCGAGGAGCUUACGCCGCUCAUGGUGCUCGACCUCUUCGAACAGAUCCCCCAGAGGGAUGUGGCCUUGCUGGGAAUGUGCUCCCACGAUGCCCAUCCAAAGCAUCUGAUUGUGACGCGAGUCUUCGUGCCGCCCGCCUGCAUUCGUCCCUCGGUUUUGUCCGAAGUAAAGGCGGGCACCACCGAAGACGAUCUGACCAUGAAACAGAGUGAAAUUCUGCUCAUCAAUGAUGUAAUUCAGCGUCACAUGGCCACUGGCGGAAAGAUCGAGCUGAUACACGAGGAUUGGGACUUCCUGCAGCUCCACGUGGCUCUAUAUUUCCACAGUGAGAUCAGCGGCAUACCCAUCAAUAUGGCACCGAAGAAGACCACACGCGGCAUUGUACAGCGACUUAAGGGUAAGCAAGGUCGCUUCCGUUGUAACCUAUCCGGGAAAAGAGUGGAUUUUAGCGGGCGCACUGUCAUUUCGCCGGAUCCCAACCUAAUGAUCAAUCAGGUGGGCGUUCCAGUGCGUGUGGCCAAGAUUCUGACCUACCCAGAGCGCGUCAAUCCAGCCAAUAUGCGACAUAUGAGGGAGCUAGUACGCAACGGACCGAGUCUGCAUCCUGGCGCCAACUAUGUGCAACAGCGGGGAUCGAGUUUCAAGAAGUACCUGGCCUAUGGCAAUCGCGAAAAAGUGGCACAGGAGCUGAAGUGCGGUGACAUCGUGGAACGGCAUCUGCGCGACGAUGAUAUCGUGCUAUUUAACCGCCAGCCUUCGCUCCACAAGAUGUCCAUUAUGUGUCAUCGCGCCAAAGUGCAGCCACAAAGGACAUUCCGCUUCAACGAAUGCGCCUGUACACCAUACAAUGCCGAUUUCGACGGCGAUGAAAUGAACCUUCACUUGCCGCAAACGGAGGAAGCCAGAGCCGAGGCCCUAAUACUAAUGGGAAACCAGUCGAAUUUGGUGACGCCAAAGAACGGUGAGAUUUUAAUUGCCGCCACACAGGACUUCAUCACCGGCGGCUACUUGCUCACCCAAAAGGAGGUGUUCCUGACCAAGGAGGAUGCCAUGCAGCUGGCCGCAUGCUUCUUGGCCUGCGAGGACUCCACGAUGCACAUAAAGCUACCACCGCCUGCUCUGCUCAAGCCACGUCGACUGUGGACGGGCAAACAAAUGUUUAGCCUGCUGAUGCGACCAAACGACGACUCAGAGGUGCGUCUCAAUAUGGUCAACAAAGGACGAAACUAUACGCGAAACAUGGAUCUGUGCAGCAAUGAUUCAUGGGUUCACAUUCGCAACUCGGAGUUGAUGUGCGGUGUUAUGGACAAGGCCACCAUGGGCUCUGGCACAAAACAGUGCAUUUUCUACUUGCUGCUGAGAGAUUUUGGAGAACUGCAUGCCACCAAGGCGAUGUGGAGAUUAGCCAGGAUCACGUCGUACUAUCUACAGAACCGUGGCUUCUCAUUUGGCAUCAGCGACGUCACUCCCAGCAAAAAACUUCUGCAGCACAAGGAGGUGUUGCUGGAACAUGGAUACACCAAGUGCAAUGAGUAUAUCGACAAGCUGAAGGCGGGAACUCUGCAGUGCCAGCCUGGCUGCACCCCCGAGGAGACUCUGGAGGCGGUGAUGCUGCGCGAGCUGUCGGGCAUCCGAGAGCAGGCUGCCAAGACAUGCUUUGCCGAGCUGCAUCCCACGAACAGUGCAUUGAUAAUGGCGCUCAGCGGAUCGAAGGGUUCGAAUAUCAACAUCUCGCAGAUGAUCGCCUGCGUUGGCCAGCAGGCGAUAAGUGGAAAGCGAGUACCCAACGGCUUCGAGAAUCGUGCGCUGCCCCAUUUCGAAAGACACUCUGCCAUUCCUGCGGCCAGAGGCUUUGUGCAGAACAGUUUCUACUCCGGCCUCACGCCCACGGAGUUCUUCUUUCACACAAUGGCCGGACGCGAGGGAUUGGUGGACACGGCCGUGAAGACGGCGGAGACUGGAUAUCUGCAGCGACGGCUGGUGAAGUGCCUCGAGGACUUGGUCGUCCACUACGACGGCACGGUGCGCAAUGCAGUCAACGAAAUGGUGGACACCAUUUACGGCGGCGAUGGCCUGGAUCCUGUCUCAAUGGAGACCCGGAACAAGCCAGUCGAUCUGGUCCAUCAAUAUGACAGUCUGCGUGCUCAGCAUCCACAUGGCAAGCAACGUCCGCUUCUGGGCUCCGAAAUUCCCGACACCUUAGAAUCCCUUUUGAAGACCUCUGAAUUCGCAGAGUCCCGGGAGGAUUUCAAAGUAGAUGUUAGAAACCACAUUAGUACUGUGAGCAAUCGCAUUACCCAAUUGCAGAGACGCUAUGAUAAAAAUAAGGACAUAUGCCACCAGAUCGAGUGCAUCACCGCUGAGCAGCUACUCAUAUUUUUGCGCCGCAUUAAUGAUCGAUACAACCGCGCUGUGAGCGAACCCGGCACAGCAGUUGGAGCCAUAGCCGCGCAGAGUAUUGGCGAGCCGGGCACUCAGAUGACUUUGAAGACGUUCCAUUUUGCUGGCGUUGCCUCCAUGAACAUCACCCAAGGUGUGCCCCGUAUAGUUGAGAUCAUUAACGCGACGAAAACCAUAUCGACGCCAAUCAUAACUGCGGAGCUGGCGAAUAACCAUAGCAUGGAAUAUGCCAGGCAAGUGAAGGCGCGGAUUGAGAAAACCACAUUGGCAGAGCUAUCUUCCUAUGUGGAGGUUGUAUGUGGACCCUAUAGCUGCUACCUGGCGAUUGGCAUCGAUAUGGCUAGGAUUAAGCUUCUGGGCCUGCAUAUAAACCUGGACACGAUUGUGUUUAGCAUAUUGAAGUCGCGGAUGCGGGUUAAGCCGUCCCAAGUGCAGAGUGUGGCGAAGAACUCCAGGAUUGUUGUGCGGGUCGAGGCCACUCGUACGGCCACAAUAAACGCCGAGCUGGCUCGCCUGGCCCUCAGUCUGCAGAAUGUCGUUGUGGCGGGCCUGCCGAACAUAGCUCGUGCUGUGAUUGCCGUCGACGAUGCCCGCCAGCCGCCCACAUAUAAGCUGUGCAUCGAAGGCUACGGACUUCGCGAUGUCAUUGCCACAUUCGGUGUCGUAGGCGAGCGUACGCGGAGCAACAACAUAUGUGAAAUAUAUCAAACGCUGGGCAUCGAAGCGGCCCGGACCAUCAUCAUGAGCGAAAUCACAGAGGUCAUGGAGGGACAUGGCAUGAGUGUCGAUUGGCGCCACAUCAUGCUCCUGGCCAGCCAAAUGACGGCGCGUGGUGAAGUGCUGGGCAUCACUCGGCAUGGCCUGGCCAAAAUGCGUGAAAGCGUUUUCAAUUUGGCAUCGUUUGAGAAGACAGCGGACCACCUGUUCGAUGCCGCAUACUACGGCCAGACCGACGCCAUCAAUGGAGUCUCGGAACGUAUAAUCCUGGGCAUGCCCGCGGGCAUAGGAACUGGCAUCUUCAAGUUGCUGCAACAUCAUGAGGACAAACAGGUGCCUCCCAUUGAGCCAACUAUAUCCAGUUCCCUGAAUCUGCUGCCGAGCAGCGGGUCUUCUUAGCUUUACUUUUAUACAUAAACAUUACAUUUUUA